AUGCUUCCAGAAUCCGAACCAAGACCCGACCGCGAAACAAGCAAAGCACAAGCGCGCCAAGUUAUUGAUGUCUUUCAUGAAAUUUCUUCAUUGCUGAAUGCCCAACUAGACCGACAAACUUUAUCUAUCUGCAUUUCUCUCAUUGAAAAUGGCGUGAACCCUGAAGCCUUGGCAUCGGUCGUGAAAGAGCUCCGACGUGAUGAUUCUAGGGCACAGCGAGAAACCACAUCUAAGCCUAAGUGA